CCAGAAUAGCGCCCCUUAUUGAUACUCAAUCACCUUGCCGACGGGGCUGGAACCCUAUUGAUAGUGCAAACCUUCAAGAAAAUAAAGUCACAAGUGGAACUCCAGAGUUUCGUAGGUGGCGACCGUCCUUCCUGACAACCGUGGGCGGUAUCCAAGGGGUCAAAACAUCCUUAUAACCAUGCUCAUCUUACUUAUACCGCCCACCGAAGACAGUUCUCCCGACAUUGCAUAGUACCACGUCUGAGAUCGUCUUAUGACCGCUCUCCCUUCUUUCAUUCAACUCAUGGCUUCUCUAGGCAUAGAUGAUGCUAAGCCAGAAACCCCAAGUAUAGUCAAGACUCGAGAUCGUUCUUCUUCAUGUUCUUCAUGCUCUUCAUUGGGCAGUUCUGAUGGUUGGAGCCCCAUCCGUUGUGCCCGUGACAUUGACUCAGAUAGGCGUUCACGUCGAGUCAGAGCAGUCAGAUAUUCGCCGUACAUUUCAGCUAGUUCUACCGCCAGACAAAGCAGUGCUGUGUCGUUGACACCCAGUCAGAGUGACCAAGAAGAUUCUAGUAGGUCUUCAUCACCAAAUCCUCCAUCUCCUCGGCACACACGACGUCCUGCACCGCUUCAUCUAUCCAAUAGAGAAAGGCCGUCCAUCACCCCAAUUUCUUCAUACGUUCGCCGCAAGACACCGCAAAACUCGCCUGUCGUCCUUACCUUCGCUCAACGGGAGUACGUCGAGAGACCCGAAGUUAUCACUCCACCAUCAUUGAUGCCGAUGUCAUUGCCCACCAUUCCCCCAGUCCCUCGCUAGUUUCUGUUUGGACCAAACAACGGACUUCGUUUCCACUUCUAUUCCGCGGCCUGAUGAUGUUACAGCUUGUUCACGAUGUAGUUGCCGUGUAUCCCAAGGAAGGACUUAUGGACCUUUUAAUUCUCUCUCUUAUACACGCAUACAUAUCUCUCCUUUGCAUUUCG